AAGCAUCGACAUUACAUCUCUUCCCCAGAUGCUACAUUUGGAUUAUUCUCAGCCAAACAAUCUACUCCAUAGCAACUGAAAAUUUAUUGUAUCUAUCAAACUUCACUACAUAUUCUAAUGGUGAUUCUUGUCUGCUCCUCCUCUUCUCAUUUCCACCUCCUCUGCUCUGCUUGCUCAGACCUAACCGAAAAUGGCAGCUGCCGCGUUCUUUCUCCGUCAACCUACUUUCAAUUUUCUUCCUAAUUCUUCUUCUAAGCUUAAUAGUUUUAGUUAUCGUCCAAGACCUAAUUUCUGUCUUCGACUUCAGAGCUCGAAAUCGGGUUUUCUCGGUGGGUUUCUGUCCAGUGAAAGAGGGGUGUUGGGUCCAAAAACCAUGGCGGAGGCGUUUAAAUGUUAUACUUUUAGGAGCAACGGCAAUCGGGAUGAAGGAGUCCAAGUGCUUGAACAAGAAGUUCUGAUGGAUGACUCGAACGGGUUGUUGGCUAGUGGAUUCGAGUCCAUUCUUAAUCGUCUGAGUAAAUGGCUUGUAGCUGCCCUUUUCGGUGGAGUCAUUCUAUGGAGGCAUGAUGCAGAAGCCUUGUGGGUGGCUAUGGGUUCUGUUAUAAAUGCUAUGCUCUCAGUUGUACUCAAGCGUAUAUUAAAUCAAGAGCGGCCUUUUUCGACCAUGAGAUCUGACCCUGGGAUGCCAUCAUCUCAUGCACAAUCAAUCUUCUAUACUUCAAUGUUUGCUGUUUUAUCAGUUGUGGAAUGGCUUGGUAUAAAUGAAUUCUCAUUGACUAUCAACGGACUCAUCCUGGCAUUUGGUUCAUAUCUUUCUUGGUUGAGGGUUUCGCAGAGGCUCCAUACAAUCAGUCAAAUAGGGGUGGGUGCUGCCGUUGGAUCCCUGUUCUCUAUUUUGUGGUACUUGUUCUGGAAAGCCAUUGUUUCUGAAGCAUUUGCUUCUUAUUUAUGGGUACAGAUAGUUGUUAUUUUUGGGGCUGCUGCAUUUUGCUUAGGCUUUGUUAUAUAUGUUAUUUGUUACUGGUUUAGAGAUGAACGGUUGUAAAUACAUUGAAGAAUUUUUUAGAUGAUAUACAUUUCAUGAGUUCAAGGAACAAAGUGAUUUUCUUCUGUAAUGGUA